UAAUAGAAAAUUCAAAAUCACUGGUGCAGUACUCACGACUCUACGGUAUUUGCUGGAGUAACUUGAAACGAGUUUUCGUUAACAACAGAUCUGUGAUAUCUGUUAAUAUUUCCCCUGAUACUCUUUAUCGGGGCAUUAUUACUUCGAUGAAGACUGGAAUAACCUCUGAUUUCCCCACGUGAACUCGUCCCUCGAUUUAUUAUCCACUCUAAUGAAUUAAUUCCCUGAAAAAUGGGAGAUAAUCUCUUGAACUUCACUGUUCUAGAUGCAGUCGACAACAUAUUGAUCUAUUUCCUUGAGAACUUAUUUCCCAUCGAUCAAACAACUUGUAAAUAAUGAGAAUAGAAGUAUCAGCAGUGUUUUGAAGCCGAUGCGCAUGAUUGUGACGCAAGAACCGGCGGGAAAUCCCCGAUCUUCGAAAAUUCGUCAUUCAAAUGGCGUGAGAAAUUAGUCGAGCGAGUGCAGUGGACGGAGAAAGUUGCAUUUAACAUCUAACGGGAUAAAUUGACAACAAUAACAACAACAACAAUAAUAAUAAUAAUAAUAAUAAUAAUAAUAAUAAUUUAGUCAUGUUAAUUAAAUUUUUCGAGUUUUCGUUGGUGAUUUUCCUUCUGAAUAGAAGUCACGGAUUUUCCAUUUCAACUUUGGAUGAAUUGGGGGUCGACUAUUCAAGAUUACAAAACGUUGAUAGCAGUAUUACUGAUGACGCAACUCCGGAUGAAUUGAAACAUGGACACGAGAUAAUCCGCGGAAAGAGAUGCGAGAAGAGUGUGACAGUGUUCAAUGGCAAGCAUGCGGCAUGCCAGGGUGAUAUCAUCUUCGAGGAGGAGUUCAAUGAGAAAGUCACGGGGGAUUCCCCGGACGGCGACGCCCUGAGACAGGAUAAUUUCAACUUGUUGAACUCGUCUCUGUGGAGUAGAGAAGUGAAAAUUCCUCAGCAGCCAGAUUAUGGAUUUUGUGUCUAUCACAAGCUGGGAAAGAACAUAAAAAUUGAUAAUGGAGUGCUGAGAAUCGUGCCGACGCUGUUGGAGGAUGAGUUUGGCGAGAAUAUCGUGUAUUUCGGGAGUCUUCAGUUAGCGGAUUGUGACGGACUUGUCCAGGAAUGCUACCGGAAUGCGACAUCUUACAACAUUCUGCCGCCAAUAAUUUCCGCGCGCCUGACGACAAAGAACACCUUGAAUUUUCGUUACGGAAAAAUUGAAGUCAGAGCGAAAUUCCCCAAGGGCGAUUGGCUCAUCCCGGAGAUGAUGAUCCAGGGGAUGAACGCCGGUCACAAAGCGAGAAUAACUUUGGGGAUGGCCAGAGGCAAUGACAACUUCCAAACGAGCGACGACUCCCGCGCAGAUUUUAGCUCGAGACUACUGGAAUUCGAAGUCAAGGGCGCGGCUCCCGCGAAACUAACGAAAUUGAAGAAUUUCGGAUUUUGGAAUGACGAGUUUCACGUUUACAGGACAAUCUGGACCGAGAGGGGAUUCACUUUCGAAGUCGAUAACGAAAGAGUAGGCGAGAUACCUCAUCCCCACAGCGAAGACAACACGGAUUCCCCUAAAGACUUCUAUCUAACGUUCGGCUUAGGCGUAGGUGGGAUGCAGGCAUUCCCCGACAACACAAGAAGCGGUAAUUACGAAAAACCUUGGAGGAACGUUGAAGCGAAGGCUAUGCUCCGUUUUUGGCAGGCCAAGGACCAGUGGCUACCGACCUGGCGUCUCGGUACGAAACACUCAGCGGCACUUGAAAUUGACUACGUGAAAAUAUCUGCUGUUUAAUUUUUUUUUUCAUCCUCGAGGGACUGCGAAUUCCGGGGACGAGAGGGGCAAAGUAAACUGUUGUGUCAAGUCCUCUCAUGAUUUAUCCAACCGUUUGUCUUUAUCAUUUUAAAAGAACUCAUUCCAGCCAAUUUACAAAAAAGAUUUAAAUAUUCUCAUCAAAAUACAAAAAUAGUGUGAUAUUUUGUGUAUUUGAUUUUCAAUUAUCUAAAUAAUCGUCAAUCUUCCUGCCUAAAUUAUUGGUUAAUAGAAUAUUAACAAAUGUGAAUGUACAAAUUAAUGGUUAAUUUAAUAUUUAAAAUUUUAAGGUUUAUGUUAAAAAUUGAACUUG